AUGUUGCGCCAGACAAUCCGCAUGACCGCCGCCUCCAAGGUGUCGUUGCCCUCGACUGUCGCCAUGAACCGCAUCCGCAUGGUCAACAACUGGCUCGGUACCCGUGUCAACAUGUCUACCACUGCUGCCAAGGCCGACGCUGUUGAGGCUGAUGUGUUGCACCGUAAGCACCUCUCUUCCCGUACCUUUGUUCUCAACCGCCCCAAGGCAUUGAACGCCCUCAACUUGAGCAUGGUCAGAAACAUGACUCCUCAGCUCCAGGCUUGGGAUGCAUCGGACUUGUGCAAGGUUAUUGUGAUCAAGGGAGCAGGAGGAAGAGCUUUCUGUGCUGGAGGAGAUGUCCGUCAGGUCGUCGAAUUGGCCGGCGCCGGAAAGCACAGCGAGGCCUUGGACUUCUUUGCCGAGGAGUACAAGCUGAACCAUAUGAUCGCCACCUUGAAGACCCCCUUUGUCGCCAUCCUCGAUGGCAUUACCAUGGGUGGCGGAGUCGGCCUUUCUGUCCAUGCUCCUUUCAGAAUUGCAACUGAGAAGACUGUCUUUGCCAUGCCCGAGACCAACAUUGGAUUGUUCCCUGAUGUCGGAGGAUCCUUCUUCUUGCCUCGUUUGGAUGGCGAGACUGGUACCUACCUUGGUCUUAUUGGCUCCCAGCUCAAGGGCAUUGACACUGUUCUUGCAGGAAUCGCUACUCACUACGUUCCUUCGGAUCGCUUGGCUGCAUUGGAGGAUCGCCUGAGUGAGCUGGAGACCGACAACCACGACGUAAUUAACAUGGCUAUUGAGGACUUUGUCAGCGAACCCCUUCACGAACACAAGUACGCCCUUUCGGAGCACCGCGACGCCAUUGAUCGCUGCUUCCAUUUCAACACUGUCGAGGAAAUUGUUGCCGCAUUGGAGCAGGAAAAGACCCCCUUCGCAGAAAAGGCCUUGAAGACCCUUCGUAAAGUCUCGCCUACCUCUUUGAAGGUCACCCUCCAGCAGAUCCGCGAGGGCGCUAACUUGGGCAUUGCUGACUGCUUCAGGAUGGAGCACCAGUUGGCUCGUCAGUUCUUGCACGGAUCUGAUUUCGCCGAGGGCGUUCGCGCUCUUUUGAUCGAGAAGACCCUCGACCCCAAGUGGAAGCCCGCCACCAUCGAGGAGGUUGACCGUGAGCAGAUGUUGGGACAGUACUUUAGAAACCAGGCCCCAAAGGCAUUGUCGUUGUCAAGCAGUGCUACCUGGAAUGAGUACCCUUACUCCCGAUAUGCUCUUCCCUCGGAGGACGAGAUCCGCAAGAUUGUCCUUGGUCAGUCUGCGGGCAGCGGACCUCUGCAGUUGACUUCUGAGGAAGUUGCUGAUGUCUGUGUCAAGAAGAGUGGAGGAAAGAUUGGUGUCAGGGAGAAGGUCAUGGAGGUCUUGUCGCGCAAGGUCACCAAGGGCACCGAGGGUGAGCUCAAGUGGAUCAACUAA